AUGGCGGACGACAAGACACUCAGCCAGAAGAUCGUCGAUGUUUCAAAUGUGCUGCAGGAGUGGGAAUCAAUGAGGCCCAUUGCGACUGGAGUUACGAGCCUCGUUAACGAAUACGGUGAGGUGAUCGAUGACAUCGGCCAAUUCCUUAGCGUCGUCGGCUUCGUCUGGAACAUCUAUUCGAACAUGGAGAAGGCCAAAGAGAACGCGGCCCAGCAACAGGCCAUGGCUAACGACAUCAAACGCGCCGUCAGCGUGAUGAUUACACACGCGCAGACCGAAAUAGACCAUCACAUGGACGAAAUAGAGGACCGUGACAUAGUCUCCAGAGGACAAGCCUUUCAGAAAUUUUUCUGCUACAACAUCGUACCCUUUGCGAAGACAUACCCGAUUACAGACCUCGACCUCGACGUGGUGAUCAAGGUCGCCGGUGAGAUGUCUAAAGCGGUGGAGAUUAUCGACAAGAUGCAAGUACUCAUCAAAGCACGCGCCGAGAAAGGCAAUGGCGCCGCAAUCAUGGUCCUCUACCGCAAUUUGCACGCCGUCGUGCAGUGCAAGCUCACGAUGAGUAGGUGGCGGUACGGCCUAACGGAGGCCGUCAUAUCCGACGCCGAGAACGACAUGGCAAGCCUCAUCAAAAUCUGGGUUCCCGUAGUCAAAGGUCUAGAGCGCAUGAGCGACCUCUCAUUUUCGCAGGGCAUCGUUCUUUUCCAGGUCGGCGGCCAUGGCCGGCCCAAGUUUACGAAAUACUCGUACUAUUAUCAGGGCAAAGCCCAGCCGGGGAGCAGCUCGAACAUGGCACCGGUAUCCCAGGCUUUCGUCGAGGCCCGCAAGGUGGGGCGUAGCCGUGCGAUCCCGCAGGAGCUCAUUGAAUGGAACAAGAAGCCGUACGAGAUCAUGCAACGUCUCCGAGAACAACCUCGAGGCCAACCUAAUAAAAUGCGUGCCACCAAGAAUCUACACAUUGUGUCACAGGGGACAGACACCUAUCUCGUGGGAAAUUGUUUGGACAAUAACCAACACUGGAAUAAAACACAGCUGCGAUUGGAUAGCUGCCUCGGAGAUAAUGGAGGGCAUUUUCAAUGGGGUGGAAGGGAGUUCACUGAGCGUGCCAGAAACAUUAGAUUCUAUCCCGCAGAGGGUAAAUAUCAAGUCCCCGUUCUGCGAGCUGAAUUGCAAGAUGAUCGGGGCAACUUUUCAGAAAGGGAUCAGAAUUUGGCCGAAAGAAUCAAUAAUCGUGGUGGUCAUCUACUUUUUGCUUAA